UUACGAUAUACAUUAUCAGUCACCAACAUGUCGCGAGCGACGUGUGCGUGGAUUGUUCUGCUUCUUGCGAGCAACACAUUCGCUGUAAUCAAGAACAAAGGAUGGUGGAAAAACACCGUGUUCUAUCAGGUUUAUCCGCGAAGUUUCAUGGAUUCAGAUAACGAUGGCGUAGGCGACUUGAAAGGAAUAACUUCGAAAUUACAACAUUUCGUGGACUCGGGAAUAGGCGGAAUCUGGCUGUCGCCGAUUUACGCGAGCCCGAUGGUCGAUUUCGGAUACGACAUAUCGGACUUUAAGGACGUCGACAAAAGAUUCGGCACGAUGCAAGAUCUCGAAGAGUUAAUCGCUAAAGCGAAGAAACUCGGUGUGAAGGUGAUUCUGGAUCUGGUCCCGAAUCAUACUUCCGACAAGCACGAGUGGUUCCAAAAAAGUCUCGUCGGCGAGGGCAAGUACAAGGAUUAUUACGUAUGGAAAAACGGCAAAAAUAAUAACAGAUUACCGCCCAACAACUGGAUCAGCGUGUUCAGCGGUUCAGCUUGGAAUUGCAGCAAUUCCGUUCGCAAUCAGUGUUACUUCCAUCAGUUUGAUUACAGACAACCGGACUUGAAUUACAGCAAUCCUGAAGUGAGAGACGAAAUGGAGGACGUAAUCAAGUACUGGCUGCGAAAAGGCAUCGACGGAUUCCGCGUGGACGCCAUUCCGCACUUGUUCGAAAAUUCGAACUUCCCGGACGAACCGAGAAGCUACGCGCCAGGAGCCACCGAACGAGAUUACACGUAUUUAGAUCACAUUUACACGAAAGAUGAUCAGCGCACGUACGAUAUGGUUGCGAGCUGGCGAAAAGUCCUGGAUGAUUAUGCAGAUUAUCACAAUGAGGACGAAAAAGUAAUGAUGACCGAGGCUUACACUAAUUUGGCGAACACCACGAAAUAUUACAAAUUUGGUGCUCAAGUGCCUUUCAACUUCAAAUUCAUUACCGACGUGAACAACAACUCCAAGCCAACGGAAUUCAAACGCAUCAUCGAUGACUGGAUGGCUAACACACCCAGCGAUGGAAGCCCGAAUUGGGUGAUGGGAAAUCACGAUCGCAGCCGAACUGCGUCUCGUUAUCCUGGAAGAGGAGAUCAGAUGACGAUGCUGGAAAUGAUACUGCCUGGCGUUGCGGUCACGUACAAUGGCGAAGAAAUCGGCAUGCUGGACAAACGAGACAUAUCCUGGGAGGACACGAAAGAUCCUCAGGCUUGCAACGCGGGCAAAGACAAAUAUCAGAGUCAAUCGCGCGAUCCUAAUCGCACACCGUUCCAGUGGGACGGCACGAUAAACGCUGGUUUUAAUAAAGGCAAUCGCACGUGGCUUCCGGUGCAUGAAAAUUACAAGACACUCAACUUGGCAAAUCAAAAGGCGGCCAAGGAAUCGCACUAUAAAAUCUACACUUCUUUAACCACACUCCGUCGAACUAGACUGGCGCUUCAACGUGGCACGCUUAAAACUUUGGUACAAAAUAACAACAAAGUCUUGACGGUGAUUCGACGUUACGGUGUGGACAGUGUAAUACUCCUCAUGAAUUUCGACGAUAAAGUCGCACAAGUGGUCAAUUUGUCAGGCGAGGGACUUCCGUCCAUACUCACGGUUAGAGUUGCCACUAUCGGUUCUCCGGUCAAAGCUGGAACGACUGUAAAAACGCAAGCAGUGAAUCUGCCUGCCAAAGCUGCUCUCGUUCUCAUUUCGUAAUCUGUACGUUAUUGAAGAAUAUAUAAUUUAACUCUCGUCACGUAAAUUACAGCAGCAUUUAAAGUAUUAAUGUAUACAUAUAUUGUGUAUAUAAGAAUAUAUUUCUUAAUAUAUUUAUAUUAUGUAAUAUAAUUUACUUACAUAUCUCAAGUUUAUACGACAUGACCAAUUGUCAAAAAAUAAAUGUACAUUCUAAUAA